AUGGGGAUGGCAUGGGGAUGGCAUGGGGAUGGUAUGGGGAAGGGGGGGCCUCGGCGGGCGGCAGAGGCCGCGGCGCGGGGCAGGGGCGAAGUCGCGCGGCGACCGCUGUGGGGCGGCCCCUUUCCGCAUCGCAGGGGGCUCCGCGGCGCCCGGCCGGGUUUAGAUGCGACCUACGCCGGCUACUUUUGUCACAUGUUUUUCUCCCCCUUCGGGCGAUUCGGUUACAGGGUUGGGGAAAGAAGCCCUAAUUUACGUUGCUUUCUCUUUGCCUCGUAGGUCCGCGCCGAAAAGCCACUUUUUUCGUCAAAUCCCGAGCUGGACAAUUUGAUGAUCCAAGCAAUACAAGUACUAAGAUUUCACCUUUUGGAAUUAGAAAAGGUUCAUGAGUUGUGCGAUAACUUCUGCCACCGGUACAUUAGUUGUUUGAAAGGAAAAAUGCCAAUAGACCUUGUUAUUGAUGAAAGGGAUGGCAGCUCCAAAUCAGAUCACGAAGAACUCUCAGGAUCUUCCACAAAUUUAGCCGACCAUAAUCCCUCAUCUUGGCGAGACCACGAUGAUGCAACGUCCACGCACUCGGCAGGCACCCCGGGGCCCUCCAGCGGGGGCCACGCUUCCCAGAGCGGAGACAACAGCAGCGAGCAAGGAGAUGGUUUAGACAACAGUGUAGCCUCACCUGGUACAGGGGAUGAUGAUGACCCAGACAAGGACAAAAAACGACAGAAGAAAAGAGGCAUUUUCCCCAAAGUAGCAACAAAUAUCAUGAGAGCGUGGCUUUUCCAGCAUCUCACACAUCCAUAUCCUUCAGAGGAGCAGAAGAAACAGUUAGCCCAAGACACAGGACUUACAAUCCUACAAGUAAACAACUGGUAA